UUGAUAUAGUUGCUUCGUUCAACGGUUUGUUUACUGGCUGUGGAUAUUGGGCUUUUGCUUUUAGAUCACUAGUUUAAAAUUAUUAUUAUUAUGAUGUACAAUGGCCAGUGCCAGUGACAUUAGUCAGAGACCGCUUCAAAAUGCUAUGAGACUAGUAAAAGUGGCUAUUCAACUGGAUUCGGGUAAUAAACAUAAGGAAGCUUACUGUGAAUACUUGAGGAGUGUCAGCUACAUCUCUCAUACCCUACUUCAAGAUGCAGCAUGUAAAGCUGUUGGAGAGAUGGAGGAAGUGGAGAAGAUGGUAAAGUUGGCUGAACAGUGCCUAGAAAGAAUAAAGUCCUUUAUAAGCAAGAGAAGUGAAACCUUUCCUCCUAAUUCUUCUACAACCCCAGUCCAGGAAUCCUCACUUACACAGAUAAUCCCUCAAACCAUUACCCAAGCCUCAGGGACUUUCAAUACAGCAACGGUGGACAUGAGUAAAUUAUACCUGAUUGAGGAGAACUCUCAACAUCACAGAGUGUUCCCAGAAGGUAAGGGGGAGGACUGCCCUUUCCUGCCCCCCGAGCUAUUCCAAAAGCUACAUGUUGUGGAGUCACAAGACAAAAAAGAAUUAACACCUAUUGAGGAAGCUUCAUGUCUGAACCAGAAACUAAAAGCUACUUAUGAGGCACGUCUGGCAAGACUUGCCCCCGGCCAAGCCACACAGAAAACAUCUCUGACUCUUUCGCUUCAGAGACAAAUGAUGGAGAACCUGAUUAUAGCCAGAGCCAGACAAGAUGCUCUCCAAAGGAAGAUGGAAGAGAGACGACUCAGGCUACAGGAGCAGGCCAACAGGAAGUUUUCUUCUUCUGUGAUGUUGACACCCGAGGAGCAGGAGCAGCGUGUUCUGUAUGCAAAUAUAUUGGAAUAUGAACAAGAUCAUGAUUGGCCUAAAGUAUGGAAAGCUAGCCUGAAGAGGAAUCCAAAUGAUGCAACUUUGGUUUCAGGCUUGGUGACCUAUCUUCUUGGCUGCCCAGAACAUCCUGUUGUGAAGCUAUUGAAGAAGCUCCAGUAUCAAGUGUAUAACAGGCUAUACCCCAUAAUAAGCCAGACUGUUCCUUCAAGCCCAAAACCUGGCCACUCUGUGUCUUUAAAACCUUCACACAGUGCACAGAGCCUGCUGCUCCCUCAUAGUCCUCCAAGUCAGCUCAAGCCUAGCUUAAUUCACAGCCUGUCCGAUGCCUCCAUCUCGCUCUCACCACUCCCCGACCUCAAUGCUAACAAUACAGCAUUCAAAAUGGAUUCAGAAGAGAUUCCGACCCCAGUCCCUCCAGAUCGGGAGAACUCCUUUGAGGAUCUUGAGCAGUAUAUGACCCAGCUGGACUGGGCUUCAGCUUGUGCAGAUGACACAGUCUCUGAUAUGACCUUUGAAUUGACCCAAAGUGACAUGACAACUCACAUUCAGGACCUGGAGGAGCGUGCUUUAAAAGAACACCUGAAAGCUACCGUCAAAGACAUUCACAACGCAAUUGAUCGUCUGCUCUCCCUGUGUCUGCUUUCAUUUGAAUGUCUCAACACAGCAAGCGCCAAAGACCAGUGUGUAGCAUGCAUAGAGGAGGUCUUCUUCACCCCAAUAUGGGGCCCUCUACUGGCACUCUUUAGGAAGGUGUACCGAGAUCGAGAGCUGGCUUUUGAGAGCAGUGUUCUCCUGUACCAGAAUGUCUCACCUGCUGAUGUUGGUGUAGCAGACAAACUAUUCCCCAAAGACACUGCUGUUUUGCAGGGUUCCUACCCAUAUGAGUCUGCAGUGCAGGAAAUAAAACUGCUGUGUAAAGGUUGUUGUCCUCAAAAGAAGCUAGAAUGCAUAGUGAGAACAUUAAGACUCAUUUGUGCAUGCGCUGAGCAUUACCGUCUUCUUCAAGACAACGAUCCAUCACCCAAAACAGCAGCCAUUGGAGCAGAUGAUCUGUUGCCUAUUUUGUCAUAUGUGGCUUUGCGCAGUGAACUCCCUCAACUAGUCUCUGAAUGUGCUGCACUGGAAGAGUUCAUCCAUGAGGGGUAUCUUAUUGGAGAGGAGGGAUACUGUUUAACUUCAAUGCAAAGUGCACUGAGUUAUGUGGAGUCACUGCACUUGGGUGAAGCUUUGCAGCUGACUGCCAAACCCACCUGAGUCAGUGGUAAGGAGAUGCAUAUUUUGCAGACUGCCUGCUUUUCUUCCUAGUCCCUUGGUCCAGCGCAUGAACUUCUCAAUCUUCCUCAUCAGAGCUGCAAAAUUAAACACCCAUCUUCCAUUCAGCACAGACCAUAGGAGAGGUCACACACACUGAGCUUUCCAGCCUCAAAAGCAUGAGAACUCUGAAUCCUUCUGUGUUGCAGAGUUACGUCCCAAAUGGUCUCGGGUCAGAGGAGUGGAAUCAGGUUGACGUUAUGAGGGAAUUGUUUCGGGUGUAUAUCUCAUUUAGUGGGAAAAUGAAAUCAAAUAGCGUGCUUAAUUUUAUUGUUUCUUCAUCCCGUUUUGUUUACCUCAUAAUGUAGUUGUUUGAAGUGCUUUACUGUGACUGAAUAGAAAGCUAAAACACUAUAUAACCAUGUGCAUUUACCCAGGUUAGUAUAGAUAUUUUCUCAAGAAGUGUAAUGGCAUAAAUAUCUGUGACUCCUGGACAUUCAUUUGUAAAGAGAUGGUUAUGACUAACUUUUUUCCCUUAAAUUUUGCUGUUUAAGUUUGUUUUAGCAUUGCGUAAACCUUGAAGGAAAAACUUACCUAUUAUUUCAAAGAGGAAAAACAAGGGGGUCUGUUCACUUUUGGCACAGUAUAGUUAAUGCAACUGAGCAUGUUUUAGGCAAAUAGAAUCCAACUAACUGUUUUUGGGACCUGUGUGCAAUGAUGUUCUCCCAAGGCAUUGCAGGUGGGACUGACUACUAUAGUCACAUCUGAUCUUGAAAGAAGAAUGUUAUGAGAGAUGUUCCAGACACAUUAAUUUUUAUUUCUUCUUCUCCUUUUUUUUCUUUUCUUUUUUUUUUUUUUCCCGGGGUUUAUGGUAGGUGACCUGUAUCAGCACUCUGAGAAGCUGAACACAUGGUCCUGGACUGCAUAUUUAAACAAUACUGGAUAUUACUUUUCCUGGAUAUUAUCUUCAAGGUUCUUUUAGUACAUUAUUAAAUUGCACUACCCCCCACCCCAACAUUCUUGUUCUAUAUUGUUUGUACAGCCAAUUAUAUUUAUGGUCAUGUUUACUGUACUACUGCUUUAAAAUGUUUUACUAAAGUUCCUGAUAUUUACUAUUGUACAAAAAAAGUGUUUUCUUUUUUCAACAUUUCAAAAAAAAAAUGUAUCGAAAGAGGUUUUGAAAGGGUAAAUUUCAUAGUUUUGCCAACAUUCACUUUCCACUAGAAGGUUUAGAUUUUAUACAUUUUUUUUUUUUUAAUAUGACACUUUGAGGCAUCAGUGUAUUUUAGACUCAUUACAAUCAUGCAAACUGUAGAAAAACCUGUUGGUGUAUUAAUGUGAAAUCCUGGCACUGCUAUACCGUGUAUCUAAUGUAAAUAUGUAUCUAACCUAAAAUAACAAAUAUCUAAUAUAAAUAUGUAUGUGUUGUAGUUUAUGUGGAUCACUGGAUGCCAUCAAUUCAGUCUGUUGUAUGUUUGUUGUAUUGCAUCUGUUGGUCUUUAAUGUAAAUUUGUUGAAAAGCAUGCAUGGGAGUGUAUGAUAGGAUUUGGAUUUUCUAAUAAUAAAAACAUGAGUAAUCGUUA